CGAAGAGCCUGGAGAGGAGUCGGGAUUUUCAACAUGGCGGCUGCAAAGCCGUGGUUUUACACUAUAAGAAAGCACCGAAAAAAGUCUAUAGCUGCUGCAUUGUUCGCUGGUUGGCUGACAAAUUAUGGAGUUAAUAAGUAUAGGUAAUUUAGAGGUGGAAAUAUUUUGGUAUUAGUAGCUAUAGAACAUAGCCUUGAUCAUGAAUUAACAGCCUUCUUUGUGUCUAUUCCUGACAGAGAAUAUAUGAUAAGAAGGGAAUUGUGCCUGGAAGCAAAGGUAAGUGAAUCAAGAAAUUAUUGUUUCUUUUAAGAAUUGUAUUUGUUUCAAGGAAUUUGGUUGAAAAGUUCAGAAGAGGUCAAUCACAAUUCAUUAAAGAUAGGGCUAGCUCUUGACAAACUGUUCGACAUUAAUUUGCUUCCUAAGUGUAGCUGCUGUGAUCGGCUCAAGGAUUUUCUAAUUUCAUUAAUUUUAGGACAGCUAAAUAACAGCACUCUAGCUAGCUUACCUGUAAGCACUGAUAUUUUCUUGCUGAUAUCUUCACUCUAGCUAUACAACCCAGUAUUUUUUUAUAAAAUGAUGGAUCUGGUGGAUCUCUAGCGUGAUAUCAAAUGCUGGAGUCAUUUUAACUGUAAAAAAUAAUUAGCACCUGAUUGAAAAAUGUUCAAUAGCUUAAUUUUUAACAAGAAUAAUAUUAAACAAUUAUUUGAUUUGAAGUAACUUAACAGUGUAGUUAUGGCAUUUAUUUGAAGGUUAUUAAGUGCUUUAAGUUCACUGAGCUUGUAAUUAAUUUGGGCUAAACAGUGUGCUACUCUUGCUCCCACUGACUCUGAGCCCUGUGACUUAACUUUGAUUAUAGGUUUAUGGUGAGACAACACUACCAUCUCUAAAGAAACCGAGGAGACUCACAUUGUUUUUCAAUCCUGCAGCUGGAAGGUAGGUAUAGCAGCAGUCAGAACAUCCUGAAAACAAGACGCUUCAUAUUUUACAGCUUGCAGAUGUUGAAAAUAAAUUUUAUUUGCAUACAAAAGCAGUGUCUCACAAACAAUUCUAGGUGGCUAAUUUUAUUAUCCCAUGUGAGACUGAGAGGGCAUCGCAUUGCAAGUGUUUUGUAUUUGAUGCAUUUUCAUCCUCUAUUAGAGAAGUGCAAUACUUUGUACUGUACAUGUAAGACACUAAGUUACAACUAUGUUUUCAUAUUGUUGUAUUUCUAUAUCUGUCAUAAAAAAAUUAGCACCAAACACAGCCCUUAGCCACAAAGCUCUCAGAAACCUCCCUUUUCGUUGGCCUUCGAAAACAAACCUGCUAUUGCUUUUAAGGGCAUUGUUUGGCUCAUUUAUCUGUUGUUAUGUUACCGAAAGGAACAACCUGUUCUGAGAGCUCUGUGGUGCAUCAAACAAGUGGCCAAAAAGCCACAGGGUAAUUGUAAGCUAUCGGUUUUAACCUCUAUAUAGAAUUAAAUUUAUUAUUCAUAGUGGGUGCUCAGAUAUGUUUGCCAAAUACAUGUAUGCUAAAAAGAAAACUUGGAAAUUAAACAGCUAUUGAUUUUACAUAAAAUUCCUUCUUUUUUCCCCUUUUAGUGGAAGUGCUGAUACACUUUUAAAGAAAAAUGCUGAACCUAUACUUCAUAUAGCAGGCCUAGACAUAACCAUUGUUAAGGUAUCGUGUACUUAAACAUUUUUUAUUUAUUAAUAAUAAUAACUCGUGGUUAUUAAGCUAAAUUCUCAGUAAGCGUUCUCUUACUUCAAGUCUGCCAAUGAAAUCCUACCAUUCAAAUCAGAUGAAAGCUAUCAAGAUUGCUUUCAUGCAAUUAUUGCUUAUUGUGCUUUUAAUUUACCUGAUGUUUAUAAUUUCUUAACUAACUACUUCAGAACUUUUACCAGAUAUGUCCAGGGAAGCAAAUGUAUGGGAUUCAGGCACUUUUAUAUAAUAGACACGCCCUAAUUCUCAUCUAAACACAAGGAAUAAAUUAGAACUGUCUGCAUUAAAGUCAAUGGAAAUAAAAACUAUUGUGUCUUAAUAUGAAGUCCCUAUUAAAGUUCCAAGUUUUUUUGCAUUUAUGGACUUUUAUGCAACUUUAGAGUACUCGAUUUAUCUUGUAAAAAAUGCUAAGUUUUUGAGGAUGGAAAAUUAUGUGUCAAAUACGGCAUACAAAUGUUCUUUUUUCAGACAGAUUAUGAAGGGCAAAUUAAAACCUUGACACAGUAUAUUGAUCCAAAAACAGAUGGAAUUAUUGUUGCUGGAGGAGAUGGCACUCUGCUUGAGGUUAGAAGCAAGAUCUUGUAUCUUACAUAUCAGAUUCCUGUUAAUGCAGGCUAGAUUUUCAAAACAAAUAUAACUCAAGGACUUUAAAAUUAUCAGCAAGUUUACAUUUGAAAAACAUUAAAUUUUUAAAGACCUGUUUCGGAUGCAUCAACAUCUAUUGUCCCUCAAGGAUCUUAACAAAAUAGUGGCAAAUAAUAUAUAGUUGUAUACAGUUGAAUAACAAAGGUGCCAAUAAUAUUAUUAUUCAUUUGGCACUCUUUAUUACAUACUAUACAUGUAUAAUAAGAAAAGUAAGUAGAUACAAUGUAUACCUGCCAACUCUCACGCCUGCGGGCCAAUUUCUCACGCCUGAUUGAAAAAUGUGAGUUGUUGCCGUCCUGCUUGACACAUUUCCAAAAAUAUGUUAACUCAGACCCAUGUAAGGAACGAAAACCAUGUGUAAAAUGAAUGAAUGGCAAUACCUUCCUCGCGAUCUCUGAUUUUUGAAGUGAAAAGCACUGGUAGCAAGCUCGCCUUUGGCAGACUUCGGCAGACUUCAGACGUCUUCGGGCUUCCUCGGGAAUCUUCGGAAAUGAUCAUGUCGUCUUCAAAAAUCCCAGCACUCCCACAGGACCCAGGAUAAAAAUCUCGCGCUUAUAUCUCAGAAAAAGUUGGCAGGUAUAACAAUGCGACAUUUUACUUGGCAAGCAUAGGAGAAAUCAAGAUUUUAGAAGCCUGUUUGGUUAAUCUGGAGUUGCCCCUAAUAACAAUUUAUCUAUUCAGAUGUCUUUGGUGAACUUUGGUUGUCACGGAAGUUUUAGGUAGCUUUUUCAUCUCAUCCGAAAGCGUUAGCUAUCCUUAUGGGUCUGGUGGAAAGUACGAGAACAUGAAGUAGCCGUGCUAUCUUUCGAAAAUUUUAGGGGACGUUAAAGUCUUUACGCCGAAAGUUUUAGGAGACCUUUUUUUCAACAACAAUCGCAAUAUAUUGGUAUUAAAAACAAAUGGGACUAACACAACCUCCGAAAAUCAUAGUUAAGCUAUUAGAAAAUGUCCGAAUAUUUUAGACGAAUGGAACAGUUAUCCAGAAAAUUUUAGCUUUUCAUAAGCUUUAAAAUUUUGUAGGGAAUAUUAUUUUGCUCCUUCAAAUAGUUAUUUUACAGAAAAAAGUCGCUGGGUGCCCGUGAUGAGUUGAGAGGUUGUAGAACUUCUGAGGUACUGUUUAAAGAAUGAGCUGGAAUGUUUUAUCAGGUUAAAAAACUCGAGGUGAAGCUGAGAGUUUUUAAACCUGAUAAAACACCACUGCGAUUUUUUAAACAGCUUCAAAAUGUCUUAUUAGUUCAACUCAUUCUUGUACUAAUAUUUAGAUUUGGGGUUAUUUUGCUCUAAAAAAUUGGCUGUAAAGUUUAGCCGUGCCUUAAUCAGACAGAAAGACACUCAUUAAACAUUGAUUUCUUUAAUUUGUGUAUUCUUAAUGAAUUACAUGUUGUGUUAAUGACUUUUUGAAGGUAGGUAGAUGUAAUUUGCCACCCUUUGAAGAAUGCUACACUAGAAGAAACCAUUUUUCAACAGAAUGCAUGGAUGUUGGAUGUCUGCAGUGUGUAAACCAAUUUUGAUUUUUCCCAUUGAUGUCCAUCAAUUGACAUCCCUUCUGUUGAAAAAUGUUUUUCUAUGCAGCAUUAAUCAAAGCCUGGGUAAAAAAAUCAUGUGUUUUUUUCCUUGUUUGUGGAUUUAGGUCGUGACAGGGUUUUUAAGACGGAGUGAUCAGGUACAUUAUUUCACAUAGUAGUCUACCUACUUCGACUUCUGCUUGUUGUUUCAUUUUACAGUUUUAGUUUAAAAGGUGAUGUUAACAAUAUUAUUUAAAUUUCUGUUUGCCAGGAAGAAAUUUCUAAGAUUCCUAUUGGAGUGAUUCCUCUUGGAACCCAUAAUUCAUUUUGUAACAGACUUUUUGCCGACAAACAUGUGGCAGAGGCAAGGUAAGAAAAGUAAAUUUUAACUUACAUGUUACAUGACAUGUACAAUUUAUUAAAAUACAAUGUAUUUUGCUUAUUUAUGUUGACUCUGUGACUUGUCACUAUAUCUAAGGACAUUCUGCUUUUCUCUAGAACUAUUGGAAAUGCAGCAUUGGCCAUCGUCAAAGGUUAUAUCAGGCCAGUGGAUGUGAUGGAGAUCAAGGUCAGUUUUUGUCAUGAUUGAAACUGGAAAUAUCAUAAUGCCAUCUAGCCUCCCACACAGGCGUUUUCAGAGGAGCUCGUUUUUCAUCCCUCCCCACAAACGCCUGCUCAACCGAAGACAAUAUUCCUUUCCCAAGCUUAGCCAAUCACAUUGUACUUUCCAAAUUCUGGAAAGUUGACCUUGACCGCACGGUAAUCUGAUAAUUACUUGAUCUGCAUAAAACACUUGGAAAGCUUUCUGACCUCUAAUAAAUGAUAGAUUCAGAGCAGCAAAAGUAAGAUUUAGUCAAAUCUUAGAAUAUUUCAUGCACUGCAUAACCUUAGUGAAAGAAAGAAAAGAAGGAAAACGGUAACUCUAAGGUCAUGUUUUAGUCGUGUUUAGCCUGUCAACACGUUAUUUCACAACUGCUGAUUGGUCACUUACCAUGCAAACAAAACAAUCGGAAAGGAAUGUUGUUUUAGGUUGAGCAGGCAUUUGUGGGGAGGGAUUAAAAACUUUGGGUAUCCACAGAGGCAGCUUUGCUUUCUUUUGUUUCAGGGUGAUGAAGGUCGUUCAACUUUUGCGAUGUCUAACCUCCACUGGGGUGCUUUUAGAGAUGCAAAUGAAAAGCAAGACAAGUAAAAAGUGUAUUUACAUUAUUUACAACCAAUACUUGAAUGAUUAUUACCAGGCAGCCUUCUUUUUUUUCUUUCUGAGAACAGGCAUCCACAAAUUUUAAUAAUAUUAAAAUUUUUCUCUUGGGAAGUUUUUUUUGUUGUCUAGUUGUGUACACACUGCCCUUUUUGGGGAAUUUUCUUGAAUCAAGGAAGCCCCAUAUCCCUUACCAUCCUGGUCAGUGUACUGAACCCAUUAUGGGCUUAGAAGGAAAAACAGAUUAUUAAUUUUUAUUCAAUAGUGUACACUUAAAGAUGAAAUAACCAUUACAGAGUAGUUUAACCUUUUACCAUACUUGAGUGGUUUAACAGUGACUCUGACUAGUGUACUAAGAACCUUGAUGAAUUGUUUGUUAGAACAGGCUAGGGUAUAUAUUAGUGGCAGUGUGCAAAGAAAGUUGUCUCUGAUAGCCCAGGGCUGGUGGAUUUUGCUUAUCGCGUUAGUGAUUUUUGUUCUUAACUUGCCCAAUUGGCAAGUGCAGUUUUUUGGGAAAUUCAAAUUACAGAAGGAUUGUAAUCAAUCCUGCUGAUCAAAAAGGGUUUUGGGACUAAUUGAAAUGACUUGUGGGCUAGUACAUUCUAGCUACAGCUUGCCCGAAAGGCAGGCUGUAACACUGACUUUCUUUGCACCCUGAGUGGUAUAUCACUAACUAGGGUCCUGUUCCAUACAUCCUGAUUUCUAACCCCUUAAACCCUACAUUUGCAUUUUGCCCCUAGACAUUUCCUAUAGAAGUGGGGAUUGAACUGUUGACUUUUUUUUUAUGUGCAUGUAUCCCCUAAUGCUUGUGACCACUCUGUUUUAUAAGCAUAACAGCUACAUGUUUGACAAAGAGGAAUUUGGUGGGAUGAUUGUUCUUAGUUGCCAAAUGAAAAAAAAAAGAAGAAAGAUACAAUUUUGUAAAAUUUAAUAGCAAAGUGCAAGAGUUCUGACAGGAUUUCACCCACAGAUUAAAGACAAAUAAUUUUCAUUUGCCAUAUAAAUAAUAUUGUGGUCUAGGAGUGAAGGGAAUUUAUAUUAUAACUGGGAUUUCAUCGGGGUUCGUUACAUGACUGUGUAUCAGGGUUUUACUGUGCUUACUAAGCAUUCUGAUUUAAUAAGGAACUUACGUCAAAUACUUGUGUUAUAAGGUUUUGGAUGGCCGGCCCCUUCAGGAGGAAAAUGUCAUACCUUGUAGCAGCUUUCAAGGUCUGUAGAAAACAGUGUGGGUUAUACUCUACGAAAUAAGGCUUUAAAGACUGAGCAUAAGUAACCAAGGUUUGUGGGAUUCUCUCUUGUGCAAAUCAAUUUAAAAACUCAGUCAUUUUCUUCUGAGAGUCCUUGGAGUAAUUAAUAUUGUGGAUAUAGAGAAGAGAGGUGCACAAUGUCACAAAAAUUUUUCAAAUUUGCUAAAUUAUGGGAUUGGUUAGCACAUUCAGAAAGGACAAGAUGAAAAAAUCAGCCUGUUAGUGCAAAUUGGUGGGUAGGAAUAAUCACUGGUUUGCUCUGAUGACACCACACAAAUCCUUCUAGAAUUGGCUUGGAUUGUAACGUUAACAAUCCAGGCCUGUUUUAGAAGGAUUCAUACAGAGUCAUCAGAGCGUAACAUUGCUUACAAUAUUGUAUAUCUCCUCACCAAAUUGCACAAACAGGCUGAUUUUUGGCAAGUGAACAUUUUUCAUCUUGUUCUUGCUGGAUAUGCCAAUCAUUCUCAUAAUUUCACAGAGUUGGUUUUUGUGAUGCCAUCACUUCUGUUCUCUUUGUUUUAAAAUCAUAAACUGUAUUUGGACAUCUGAUGCUUUUCAUUUAAAGUUACUCUUUACUUUCAGGAAUGGCCUCCAAUUGUUAAUACCCUCCUUACUUACCCAACAAGCCAGCCAGUAGAGAAUGAAAGGUCAUUGAAGAAUGCAUCAUCCAGCCCACUGGGGCAAGUUGCAUCCCAUGUUCUGGCUACAGCCAACUGCGAGACAACCAUUGAACCACAGGGAAGGCAUUGUCUUGCAGAAGCUGGGAGCAUUGUCUCAGAUGGAUGGAUUGCUAGUCCUGUUCAAACUUUUGGUCUUACUGUGAAGCCAUUCAGGAAAGCAGGUGCACAGGUAUACAUUGUACAAUGUACCACAAUAAAACUUGAUUAAACUAAAAAAAAACAAACCGAUAGAAAGACACCCUCUGCAAAGCAAGCCUAUCGGUUGCCUGGAAAGCCACAAUGCACCUUGACGUCAAGAUGGACACCAGAGAUGAUCAUUCCUGGCUUGUGAUCCUCGUGGGAGUAAUGCAUGUUGCAAAUUCCAACAAAAUUUUAAACUCGCUUUCACAAGGAAUAAAUUAAUAAUGACCGGAAUAACACUGCAUGAACUGUAGAAUUUAGGAUUGGUUACUCUGUGUGGGUACGACUUCACAAUAAUUUUGUUUAAUAAAUCUGUAGGACGACAGUUUUCUUGAAGUGAAAUUAUGGCCAUCAGACCUCACAAAGACAGAGUUUAUCGAAACUGGGUAAGUCAUCAAAUCCUAGGUAACUCUUUUUUUAUUCUGAUUUAUUCAUAAAAUUAAAAAUCUAAAACAAACAUAUGAAAGUUUCCCUUUCCGGUUUACACGGGUUCAAUGCUUUUUUUAGCACAUUAGCUUUGCAAAAUUACACAGCCAAGUUGUGAUCUCCUGUCUGGAAAAUGAUACAGUUUUACAUAAUAAUAAUUUAAAUUUAUAAUUCUAUUAAAAUUCUUCACACAACAGAUGGAGGAUGGAAAAGAUGGAAAAGGAAGAAAAAGAAGGAAGUUACAACCAAGAGAAUUCAUCAAGUAAUGUAUUUUGUAUUCCCAGAUGCUUUUAAUCAUUGUGCUUGUGCUGCAGGGUUUGACAAAACCUUGUGAUUGUCCAGGACGAAAAAAGUAGACCCAAGCAAAUUUUCCUGUUGGGCAAGCAACGUUUGGUAGCUGAUAGGCAAAGCCCAGGCAAAUCCCCUUUUUAUUUAAUCAUACACUUUCAAAAAGGGAUGUAGAGGCCCUUAAGUAACAAGAAAAGUAUUGAAGCUCUUGUUUAUCUUAGGGACCAGCUGAAAUUCAAAUUUUCUUCAAUCUCUGAUGCUCUAAGUUGUUAGAGAUGAACUGUCAGUAGUAGCUAUCAUUUUGUCAACCACUUAACUAUAAAAGCAAACAAUGAUGCUUAAAAUAAUAUUAUAUUAUCUUCCUCAGGACACAGAUGUUUGAUUGUAAAACAACUGAAGCUGGAACCCAGGGAUGAGAAGGUUGAGUUUUCUUGA